AUGUCAGUGGAUCCCUUUGAAGAGAUUCUCAAUCUUGAGGAGCAAUACUAUGAGCAAGGCUAUACCCAGGGAUAUGAGGAUGGUGAUCGUGGCGGCAAGAUCGAGGGACGAUCGGUGGGCUUGAAAACAGGCUACGAAAAGUUUCUGGAAGCUGGACGUCUGCAGGGCAAAGCCAUCAUCUGGGCCAACCGGAUCCCAAGCUUACGGAAUCCUCCAAAGAAGAACGACGGAGUACAGCCUCAAGUCUCUUCAGAAGGUCCAAAUGUCGAGGCGUCCAGACUUCCAGCCUUGAGCAGCAAUGCAAGACUGAGCAAAAACGUCAGCUCAUUGCAUGCGCUGGUGGAGCCUGGUACUCUUUCAACUGAGAACAACGAUGAUGCAGUCAACGACUUUGACGAUCGCGUGAAGCGAGCACAGGGCAAACUCAAGAUUGUUGAGCGCAUGCUUGGAGAGGAUGCCGAGAAAGGCAGCUCCAAGGAGAGUGGCGCCGCAUCCCGCAACGAGAUAUGA